UCCCUCAUUCACUCCUGACUUCUCCCUUCUGCAGGUGCUGCAUUUACCAGGAGUUUGCUGACCCACAUUCACAGCAGAUUGCUCGCAUCAUGCAGCCUUGUUCCUCAGUCCCACAUACACAGCAGCCUGCCUGUACCUGCCAAGAACUGGGAGAGGAAGAACCGCGUGGUUUAUCCUCCACAGCUGCCAGAUGAGCCUCGCAGACCCGUGGAAGUUUACCAUUGCAGGAGACAAAUCAAAUACAGCAAGGACAAAAUGUGGUAUCUGGCAAAACUGAUCAGAGGAAUGACCUUGGACCAAGCGGUUGCCCAGUUGCAGUUCAAUGACAAAAAGGGAGCAAAGGUGAUGUUGGAGGUUCUGUUGGAAGCUCAAGAGAUGGCAGUCAGGAACCACAAUCUGGAGUACAGAUCGAACCUGUACGUAGCGGAGUCAUUCUCGAGUAAGGGACAGUACCUGAAGCGGAUUCGCUACCACGGGCGAGGAAUGUUUGGCAUCAUGGACAGAGUCUACUGCCACUACUUUGUCAAGCUGGUGGAAGGAAGCCCUCCGGUAAAGAAGCCAACAAAUGGCUUUGACCAGGCCAAGGAGUACGUGCAGCAGCUGCGCAACAGAACCAUCAUUCACUCCCUGUAAUGGGCCACAGGGGGCUGGACAGGGCACUGUUAGCUGUGGGCUGGCCCACCGCAGCACAGUGCUGUAACCGAGCCUGUAACGGGCCUGGGAGGUGACUGUAAAUAAACACCGGUGAUUUAGUAAA